UCCUCCGAGGGGCGGGGCGAGGACUGGCAACCCGGAAGGUCCGGUGCCCGAGUCUCUUAUCUUGCAGGGACCUGGGUCCUGCCAUUCCCCGCUGGCCUCCCGCCCGGGCGAUUGCGGCCAGGAUGGGCCGGAAGGUGACCGUGGCCACCUGCGCACUCAACCAGUGGGCGCUGGACUUCGAGGGCAAUUUGCAAAGGAUUUUGAAGAGUAUCGAAAUUGCCAAAAACAGAGGAGCAAGAUACAGACUUGGACCAGAGCUGGAAAUAUGCGGCUACGGAUGCUGGGAUCAUUACUAUGAGUCGGACACACUCUUGCAUUCAUUUCAAGUCCUCGCUGCCCUCCUGGAGUCUCCCGUCACUCAGGACAUCAUCUGCGACGUGGGGAUGCCUGUGAUGCACCGGAACGUCCGCUACAACUGCAGGGUCAUUUUCCUCAACAGGAAGAUCCUGCUCAUCAGACCCAAGAUGGCCUUGGCCAACGAGGCCAACUACCACGAGCUGCGCUGGUUCACCCCGUGGUCGAGGAGUCGCUGCCAUGCCUCGUUUGUCCUGAGAUGCUCCUCCUCAGAUCCUGGUGUUUUCCUCUCCAGGCACACAGAGGAGUACUUUCUGCCUCGGAUGAUACGGGACCUGACGACGCAGGAAACCGUGCCCUUCGGAGAUGCGGUGCUGGCGACGUGGGACACCUGCAUUGGAAGUGAGAUCUGUGAGGAGCUCUGGACGCCCCACAGCCCGCACAUCGACAUGGGCCUGGAUGGCGUGGAGAUUGUCACCAACGCCUCCAGCAGCCACCAUGUGCUGCGCAAAGCCGACACCAGGGUGGAUCUCGUGACUAUGGCCACCGCCAAGAACGGUGGGAUUUACCUGCUGGCCAACCAGAAGGGCUGUGACGGGGACCGCCUGUACUACGACGGCUGUGCCAUGAUUGCCAUGAACGGGAGCAUCUUUGCACAGGGAUCCCAGUUUUCUCUGGAUAAUGUGGAAGUCCUGACGGCCACGCUGGAUCUGGAGGAUGUCCGGAGCUACAGGGCGGAGAUUUCAUCUCGAAACCUGGCGGCCAGCAGGGCGAGCCCCUACCCCCGGGUGAAGGUGGACUUCGCCCUCUCGUGCCACGAGGACUUGCUGGCACCCGUCUCUGAGCCCAUCGAGUGGAAAUACCACAGCCCUGAGGAGGAGAUAAGCCUUGGACCUGCCUGCUGGCUCUGGGACUUUUUAAGGCGAAGCCAACAGGCGGGGUUUUUGCUGCCCCUGAGUGGCGGGGUGGACAGCGCGGCCACUGCCUGCCUCGUCUACUCCAUGUGCUGCCAGGUCUGCGAGGCUGUGAGGAGCGGAAAUCAGGAAGUGCUGGCUGAUGUCCGCACCAUCGUGAACCAGAGCAGCUACACCCCCCAGGAUCCCCGAGACCUCUGUGGACACAUACUGACCACGUGCUACAUGGCCAGCGAGAACUCCUCCCAGGAGACCUGCAGCCGGGCCAGAGAGUUGGCCCAGCAGAUUGGAAGCCACCACAUCAGUCUCAGCAUCGAUCCAGCCGUGAAGGCCGUCAUGGGCAUCUUCAGCCUGGUGACAGGGAAGAGCCCUCUGUUUGCAGCUCACGGAGGAAGCAGCAGGGAAAACCUGGCGCUGCAGAAUGUGCAGGCUCGAAUACGGAUGGUCCUCGCCUAUCUGUUUGCUCAGCUGAGCCUCUGGUCUCGGGGCGUCCGUGGUGGGCUCCUCGUGCUGGGGUCUGCCAACGUGGAUGAGAGCCUCCUGGGCUACCUUACCAAGUAUGACUGCUCCAGUGCGGAUAUCAACCCCAUAGGCGGGAUCAGCAAGACGGACCUGAGGGCCUUCGUCCAUUUCUGCACCGAGCGCUUCCAGCUUCCUGCCCUGCAGAGCAUCCUGUCGGCGCCGCCUACCGCGGAGCUGGAGCCCUUGGCUGAUGGACAGGUGUCCCAGACCGACGAGGAAGAUAUGGGGAUGACGUACGCGGAGCUCUCGGUCUACGGGAAGCUCAGGAAGGUGGCCAAGAUGGGGCCCUACGGCAUGUUCUGCAAACUCCUCGGCAUGUGGAGGCACAUCUGGACCCCGAGACAGGUCGCCGACAAAGUGAAGCGUUUUUUCUCCAAGUACUCCAUGAACAGGCACAAGAUGACCACGCUCACACCCGCGUACCAUGCCGAAAACUACAGCCCCGAUGACAACAGGUUUGAUCUGCGACCGUUUCUGUACAACACGGGCUGGCCAUGGCAGUUCCGGCACAUAGAAAACCAGGUGCUGCAGCUCGAGAGGGCGGAGCCACGGUCCCUGGAUGGCGUGGACUGAGGCCGGUUCCUUCCUGGAGGCCUCCUCUCCUUGGGGACCCCAACGCCACAUCAUCAGCAUCGCUGGGACCAAGGGAAGGAGCCUGCGGUAGGAGCCCAGAACGGCAUGGCGCAUCAGUCGAGAAAGAGGGAACUUUUCAGUCGAAUUCCUCCAAAAGAGGCUGGAAUAAAGCCUGGGCUUAAAA